AUGGGCGUUGACCGCAAACGUUCUCCCGCCAGGGACGUUGCACCAGGCCAAGAGUCUUCGUUCUCUACGGCGUCCUCAGGCUCUGCAGCAUACACUAGACACGCGUUCCGCUCGAAUACCCUGCCACCGCCUCGGAGUACUGCGUCACCACCAGCUUCUGCAUAUUUCACACAACAUGCCAGCGACGACUCUCAUAUCCUUGAACCGACAGGUCCGGAUGCCAAUGCCCACUUUGCAUACAGCACUACUCUACGGCGGCAUCAUGCCGAGGGGCUGCUCGGGUUUCCUCCGACGCCUCGCGGACUUGCUGACGAGUUUGGACACGUCGUGCCUGACGAAGGGCCCGUUGGGGUGUUCCAGAGGGCUGUAUAUUUCGUCAAGUCGUACUUCCCAGGCUCGGAGGAGAACGAGUAUGAAAGGCUGCCUGUACAUAGGGACGAACGGAAGGACUCUCCGUCAGCACGCUUCGCGCACUAUUCGGUAGAAAAUACCUUGGCGUACUUCCAUACUUCACCAACGGAUGGCCUUCGUUCGGCGGCAGUUGCCGCUCUACAAGCAACACAUGGCUACAAUGAGUUCAGCGUCUCGGCCUCAGAACAUGCGCUGGUGAAAUUUGCGAAGACAAUUUACGAAAGCCCGCUGAUUCUACUUCUGUGCGGAAGCGCGUUGGUUAGCGCGGUUAUGGGAAACGUGGAUGAUGCGGUCAGCAUUACUGUUGCAGUGCUUAUUGUACUCACAGUUGGCUUCGUGCAAGAACGGAGGUCUGAGAAGAGCCUGGAAGCGUUGAACAAGCUCGUCCCGCAUCAUUGCCACAUAAUCAGAGAUGGGAAGUCGCUCACCACACUUGCUAACGAGCUUGUCCCCGGCGACAUCGUGACAUUUGGUACGGGGGACCGUAUACCCGCGGAUGUUAGACUCACUUCCGCCGUCGACCUGGAAGUGGACGAGAGCAGUCUGACCGGAGAGACUACAGCGCGGGGGAAAGACACAGAGACUUGCCCGACGGUCAAUGGCUAUGCGAAUGGCGAUGUAAACGGGGCAGUUCACGAGCCGGUCGCCCUCGCUGAACGGUCAUGCAUCGCAUAUAUGGGGACAUUAGUCCGAAAUGGCAGAGGUUCUGGUGUAGUCAUUGCCACUGGGACACAGACAGAGUUUGGUGUCAUUUUCUCAAUGAUGCAGGAUGUAGAAGAGAAGCGCACACCCCUCCAGCUUAGCAUGGAUGAGCUCGCGAAGAAACUCUCUAUCUUAUCGUUUGGUGUCAUCGGUGUUAUCUGCAUCAUUGGUGUCUUGCAGAGUCGACCGUGGCUCGAAAUGUUCACUAUCGGAGUGUCCCUUGCCGUUGCUGCUAUUCCGGAAGGCCUUCCGAUUGUCACUACCGUAACACUUGCGCUAGGCGUGCUCCGCAUGUCCAAGCGAAAAGCCAUCGUAAAGAAGCUCCACUCGGUAGAGGCACUUGGCUCAGUCUCGGUAAUUUGUUCGGAUAAGACAGGCACUCUGACGAAGAACGAGCAGACUGUUACCGAGAUCUACACUAUAGACGAGACCGUCACGAUAGAUGCAUCGGGCGCGUCACAAGCUUCUCUGCACACUACUCCGGCUCUCGUCAAAACUUUAGAGAUUGGCUCGCUUUGCAACAAUGCUGUCUAUCGUCACGAAGAAGUCGCUUACGUCGGCCAUUCCGUGGAUGUAGCGCUACUCAACGUUUUGCCAUCCUUCGGCAUGUCCGAUCAGCGAGUUGAUUUCACUCGUCAAACAGAACUUCCUUUCAACUCUGAGCGCAAGUACAUGGCCGUUAGUGGGACUCACAGUAGUGGCGACGGUCUGGCGAAGCGAGAGAUGUACUACAUCAAAGGCUCUAUCGACGCUAUCCUCGACCGCUGCAAGUUCUACUACGUCGGAGAAGAUUCGACCCCUGGUUUGGACGCGAAUACGCGCAGCGUUGUCAUGUCCAAGGCCCAGUCGACCGCGUCGCGAGGGCUCCGCGUCCUCGCCAUGGCGUACGGCUAUGGUUCUGUCGAGGCGUCCAACCCUCCGUCGAUCCCGGCCUCGCGCGUUGGCACGCCUGCUCCCGCUGACAACACCAAGUCGAACCUCGUCUUCGUCGGCUUCCAGGCGAUGUAUGACCCGCCGCGCAAAGGCGUCGCCGACGCGAUCAGUCUGUUGCAAUCCAGCGGUGUUCAGAUCGUCAUGAUCACUGGAGACGCAGAACAGACCGCACUGUCGAUCGCCCGGCAGCUCGGCCUGAAUGUUGGGUCUGGGAGCUCGUCAUGCCUCACCGGACGGGAGAUCGAUGCGAUGAGCAAGGGCCAGUUGUGCGAACGGGUCGGAGCUGUCAGCGUUUUUGCAAGGACGACACCAAAACAUAAGAUGGCCAUCGUCGAAGCGUUCCAGUCGAGAGGAGCGGUGGUCGCCAUGACCGGAGACGGAGUGAACGAUGCGCCUGCACUCAAGAUGGCCGACAUCGGUGUCUCAAUGGGUAAGAGCGGAACAGAUGUAGCAAAGGAGGCCGCGGAUAUGAUCCUGGUUGAUGACAACUUCACAACAAUUCUGCCUGCUGUGGAAGAAGGCAAAUCCAUCUUCCAUAAUAUCCAGAACUUUCUGUCUUUCCAGCUCAGCACCGCUGUGGCCGCCCUGACGUUGAUCACGCUGAGCACGUUCUUCGGGCUAAGCAAUCCACUGAACGCCAUGCAGAUCCUGUUCAUCAACAUACUCAUGGACGGGCCACCGAGUCAAUCCUUAGGAGUGGAUCCUGUCGACCCUGCUAUAAUGAAGAAACCGCCACGCCGGAAAGACGAGCCCAUCAUCAGCCGACGGCUUGUCUACCGCGUGCUCUUCUCAGCGUCCGUGAUCGUCGUCGGGACGCUCUCCAUCUACAUGUUCGCCCUCUCAGACGACCACAUGUCGAGACGGGAGCAGACGAUGACCUUCACCUGCUUCGUGUUCCUCGACCUCGUCUCCGCGCUCCAGAACCGCGGCCUCGGCUGCGGGAUCACGCAAAACAAGAUGCUCCUCGGCACCGUCUCGGUCUCGUUCGUCGUCCAGCUCGCGCUCGUGUACGUGCCCUUCAUGCAGAGCAUCUUCCAGACCGCCGCGCUCGACCUCGGGGACCUCGGGAUGCUGCUCAUGCUCGCCGGCAUCUCUGCGACGCUGCACGAGGGCCGCCGCCGCUACGAGCGCUCGCUCAACGCGGACCUCACGUACUCGCACGUCGCGGAAGAGAGGGUCUGA